AUGGACCCAAACUUUCCCACCGACGCCGACUAUGCCUCCUGGGGUCAGCGUACCGGGCCCGAGGUAGACCCCACGCCAGCCGCCAUGCCCCGCCCCAAGGUGCUUCGCGGACGCUUCGUCGAGCUUCGCUCCCCCACCGACGAGGAUCUGGAGGACUGGUGGAGGGCUUUUGGACAGAGCAGGGAGACGGAUAGCUACUGGAGCUACAUGCUCAAUGGACCUUACAAGGGCCUGCCUUUCCCGACUGGUGAUGCGCAGGGAGAAGCCUCAGCCUCACUGAAUGGGGAGGAAGGAGCGGCACAGAGGGAAGCUCGAGCAAAGGCCACCUUCAUGAAAGACUGCAUCUCCAAGCGAGACGAUCCAACGUAUUGCUACUAUGCCAUUGUCUCUCUUAAUGCUGGAGCUGCCUCGACUUCGGAGCCAAGAUUGAGCGGGAGAGCACAAGGUGUCUUCUGCCUCUUUAACUCCAAUCUACCCAACAGGACCACCGAGCUAGGACACGUUAUGCUUGCGCCCUCCAUUCGUGGUACACGCGCAGCGACAGAGGCCUUCUUCCUCCUGAUGCAAAGGGCGUUUGAAGGAGAUACUGAGGAGGGCGAGGAGAAGGGCGAGGGAAGGGCUAUUAGUGUGGGCGGACAGAGGAGGUUGACUACAUUCAGAAGAUUGGAGUGGAAGUGUAAUGAACUCAAUGGGCCGUCGCAGUCGGCCGCUCGCAGGCUAGGCUUCACCUACGAAGGGAUCUUCCGGCAGCACAUGAUCAACAAGGCUCGUUCUCGCGAUACUGCCUGGUUCUCCAUCAUCGAUUCCGAAUGGCCCCUCUUGCGGCAAGCCUUUCAACUCUGGCUCGCUGAAGACAACUUUUACCCUGCAGAGGAAGGAAGCAACACACAGGGAAGGGAGAGGCAAAAAGUUGGAUUGAGAGAGAUUAGAGAAAAGUUGGUGGAGCAGACGGGCAGUGUGAUGAAGUAA